AGACUAAAGAGAGACGGAGAAAGAGAGAGUGAUGGACUAUAAUGUCUAUAUAUGGUAUAAGAGAAAGUCCGUUCAUUCAUGCAUGGAUUUGUAGUAAUUGCAAAAUAUAUUUUUUGAUCCAUCUAGUUUUUGGGGUGUAUGGAGAAGUAUAUAUUGUGUGUGUUGCGUUGUUGUUCGUUUCGUGCUCUCUCCCUAUGUUUCGUGCUUUGAAAACCUCUCCUUCUCCUUCACGCCGCCUCUCUCCCUGACCUCACCAACAACUCCACCACUCUCACACACUCUCUUUGAAUUUGAUUCAACAGAAACCCAUAAAAAAUGGCACCAGCUUUACUGCUGAAUCGUUUAAGCCCAUGGCUUCUCUGAGACUCUGAUGACAGUGAUGAUUUUGGGUUGUUUGGCAAAAAACACAACAUAUUUUUAUUGAAAGAUGGAUGGUAGCAGAACUGAACUAGAGUUUGACGACAUUGAGAAGCUUCUUUGUGAGAUUCCAAAUGCUACUUAUGGGAAUUCACAUUCUGAGGUGUCAGGAGUUAAACGGGCGUCUUUAAAUGACAGCUUGGUCUCCAUCUGUGAAAACUCAUGCGAAGGACCUUUCACUGAAAAACUACAAAACAAUGAGAGGUUGGAUGAGGGAAAGUUAUUAGUAAGGAGAAGUCGGCAGUCAACCAGCAAGAGGGUUCAACCAGAAGAAACAAAUCUUCCGGAUGACCAAUCCUUGACAUCAGCAUUUACAGACUUGAGCUUGAGUGAAAGGGAAACAAUCACAAGCCUGAGCCCUCAUCUGUCAAAUUGUAAAUCCUCUGCAAAUAAUGCCACUUUUCUGGACUGCCGUUUGCCAAACAGCUUAGAGAAUUCAAUUUGUAAUAUGAAUUCACGUGUAAUGACGGCUCCGUCUUUCCAAUCACCAAAUACUGUACACCAUCCACUUGAGGAGUUGACUAUGACAAAGAUGGGACAACAGAGUUCAAAUUUGUAUAAUAUUGAAGCCCAGGAAUUCAAGAAGGUGCCCAUUGGUUAUUAUCAGCCAGUUGACAAUCUAUCGGCUGUCUUCCAACCAGCUCAUGAGGUGAAAGGUCUUCACCUCCUUCCUAACAUGCCUUUCCCUCAGGUGGAGCCUGCCAUGUUGUCUGAUCAGCAUCAAAAUUUUCCAGACAGGCAAUCUCUGCUUCCUUACUUGCAUUCACAACAAGUAAUCCAGCCACGGUUCAGCUGGAGUAAUGUUGAAGAGGAACCAUAUUAUAGGAUGCAUCAGCAAUUCUUGUAUAUGCAGCAGCUUCACAAUCAGCAAUUUGAAGCUCAUCAUCCUCUUCCAGCAAAUCGGAGUGUCCCAAAUAGGCUAUCAAGUAGGAACUUGAGGCAACAACGUUUUGAGGUGCCAAUGACUCACCAAUUCGAACGGCCUCAUCUAGAACCAUUUUUGAACAAUUAUGGAGUUCAAAGGGGUUUAAGCCAAUCUACUCCUCUGGUUUCCUCAUCAGAUUACAAUGCUAUACGUGUUUUUGACAAAGUUGCUAGGCCAAAUUAUCCGGAGAAGAUUCUGACAAGAUCACAUGGAUUAAACACACUUAAAGCUGUAAAAUUUGGCACGGUUGGAGGACAUGAAUCUCUGAAUCGCGGCCACCAGAAUGGAAAAUUUUUAUCAAACGGUCAUUUUCGCCAUAGUUUAUCCACUCCAAAUGCUGGAAUGUUUCAUUUAGAUAGUUUGGACUCAUGGAAUUGGUCCCCUGACACUUUUGAUAUUAGAAGUACUAACAUGAGGCCCCAGAUACUGAAAUAUGACUCCGUGGAUGAAAUGUCUGGUAGAAUAUACCAUAUGGCAAAGGAUCAAAAUGGUUGCCGCCUUUUACAGAGAAAAUUUUCAGAGGGAACCCCAGAAGAUGUUGAAAAGAUAUUUCUAGAGAUUGUUGAUCACAUUGUCGAGCUCAUGACGGACCCUUUUGGGAAUUACCUAGUCCAGAAACUGCUUGAAGUGUGCAGUGAGGAUCAGCAUAUGAAAGUGCUUCAAGCAAUAACUAGAAAAGCUGGAGAUCUGAUUAAGAUUUCAUGUGACAUGCAUGGGACACGGGCUGUUCAGAAGGUGAUCGAGACCCUUACUACUCCAGAGCAGUUUUCUAUUAUAGUUUCCUCUCUGAAGCCUGGUAUAGUGACUUUGAUGAAAAAUAUGAAUGGUAACCAUGUUGCACAACGCUGCUUGCAGUAUUUGAUGCCUGAGUAUAGUGAGUUCCUUUUUGAAGCUGCAACUACUAAUUGUGUGGAGCUUGCAACUGAUCGCCAUGGCUGUUGUGUACUGCAAAAAUGCCUAACCUAUUCUGAGGCUGAGCAAAGGCGCCAAUUGGUCUCUGAGAUCACUUCAAAUGCUCUAAUCCUCUGUCAAGAUCCAUUUGGGAACUAUGUUGUGCAGUUUGUUUUUGAGCUUCGACUUCCUUGGGCUACAGAGGAUAUUCUUGAUCAGUUGGAUGGAAACUAUGGAGACUUGUCCAUGCAGAAAUAUAGCAGUAAUGUGGUUGAGAAAUGCCUGAAAUAUGCAGGUGAGGAAAACCGUGAUCGUAUUAUCCGGGAGCUGAUAGAUACUGCUCACUUGGAUCAAAUCAUGCAGGAUCCGUAUGGAAAUUAUGUUAUCCAAGCAGCACUGCAUCUGUCGAAGGGAGCCCUUCAUUCUGCUUUGAUGGACAAAAUUCGACCCCAUGUUCCUGUGCUUCGGACAAGUCCAUAUGGGAAGAAAGUGCUUUCGAGUAAUGGUUUGAAGAAAUAAUUUUCUGCGCGGACUUUUGGUUUAAGUUGUAAAGGAAAGCUCUAUGGCAUGGCUGUUCAAGAUUUUGAGACAUAAACCUGAAGAAGAUAGUGAGAGAUGGCUUUGACGGCUCUACCGGACAAAUGAUUGGUGAAUUUUUUUGUUUAUCAUCAGGGUUAUCCUUGUAGACAUUUAAGAGUUAAUUUGGUAAUAGAUUCAAGAUGCAUGUACAUUGACUAUCUCUUUGAUAUUCUUUUGCGUAAAAGUAAAAUAAAAUGUGAAGGUGUAGAGCUCUAUGAGUUUACGGGGAAAUGUACUUUGACAGAAUCUCAACGCUGGUCGGGAUGCUGCAGAAAGGAGAGGCCUUUAAGCUAAUCUGGUUUUCAUGCCAGAAAUCAAACUUUAUGCUUCUUUUAUCUAUAAUAAUAACUGUUUCAUAGCC